AUGGAAAGCAUUAAAUUCCCAUCGAUUUUAGAUCCGCCCGACAACCCGGCAUCAGCGCGGGGAAAUCUUAGGACGCAAAAGCCAAAACAGACAAAGAGUCGGAAUGGUUGCAUCACCUGCAAGGCAAAGCGGUUGAAGUGCGACGAAGUCAAGCCAUCAUGUCAUCAGUGCGAAAGACGAAAGGUUCAAUGCGGAGGAUACAAGAAAGACUUCAAAUGGCGGCCAUUCGAAGAGACCAACUUGGCUUCUGGGCGGCCUACUGUAACCAAAGCCAAGAAAGCAAAUCAUUCAUCCGAUCAAGCUGGGUCUGCCGCCAAUAUUGGCCAGAACUUUCCAACUCCUCCGACGACUGAGCAGUCGGCAUCACCCAUUCGCAUAGAGUCUCACAAGUUUGAUGGCUCUCGCUCGCCUCCAGGCUCUCCUUUGCAUAGCUCGCCCAUUAGUAUCAAUAGCUUUUUGUCUACUGAAGCUCGAUCCCUUGACGAUCUACCUGUCACAAGAGACGAUGUUUCCAUGGCUGAUUGCACUGAGCCUCCCCUUGAUAUUAAUGUUUCGUUGUCCGCCGACUCUCCCCCGUUCAAUUUUCUCUCCUUUUUGGAGCCUUUUCAAGAUUCUCUGUCGCUAGCAAACUCAUUGGUUUCUGAUAUCGAUGCUGAUCCUGCUAGGCAUCUGCCUUUUGGCCCAGAGCAGCCGGAUCCCGAUGCAUCAAAGCUGAGCUUCUCUCAGCUAUUGGAGGAUGAAAAUGAUGACAUUGAGGAAAUUAUCCGGAAGUCAGACCCAGGACUGGGACCUUGGAACUUCACCUUACCAGAGGGAGAUUAUUUCCAUCUCGACUCUCCAAGCAUGUUAGACAACCCGUCUUUACCGCCGGAAAGUCCAGAAAUGCUCGUUUUGAGGUUUGAUAAGCUCACAUGUGGGAUUUUAUCCAUCAAAGAUGGUGCGCUAGAGAAUCCGUGGCGAACGCUCAUUUGGCCGUUAGCGAAAGACACGCCUGCACUUCGCCAUGCCAUCUUUGCUCUGACGGCUUUCCACUCGGGCAAGCAGAACCCCCAUCUUCGGCUCCAAGGGGUAAAGCACAUGCGCCAGAGCAUAACUGGUCUAGUUGGGCAAAUCCAGAACAUGAGGCCGGAUGCUGCACUGGCCACUAGUCUGGCGCUAGCAUUCGCCGAUACCUGGGACCAACACACCCGCACAUGCAUUCAACACUUGCGAGGUGCAAAAACAUUAAUGUGUCAAGUCAUCGCGAGUGGGACGCGAGGAGUUGUUAGCGACGAGCAUCUGGAUCGCAUCCGGUUUCUCUAUAACACAUGGUCCUAUAUGGACGUGAUUGCGCGACUAACUUCUUUGGAUGACUGUGGUCCUCAAAACUGGGAUUCUUCAGUUUUCGACCUUCCGAGUGAUACAGUCCAUGAUAUUGAUCCGUUAAUGGGCUGUGCCACUACUCUAUACCCUCUCAUGAGUCGGGUGGCAAAGCUGAUCCAACAAGUGCGGAAGAGCUCGUCGAACACGGUGUCCGUUGUGGCUCAAGCCAUGGAACUCAAAGCCCUAGUCGAGCAAUGGGAGCCACCGCGUUGGUUUGAGCCACCAGAUGAUCCCAGUUCCGAGGUGCAGCAUAGCAUUCAAGUUGCACAUGCGUAUCGCUGGGCUACGUUGCUGUACCUGCAUCAGGCUGUUCCAGAGAUACCCUCUGAGCCGGCCGAUAAAUUAGCGAAGAGGGUCCUGAUCUUGCUCGCCACCGUCCCUAAUACCUCCCGGACUACUAUCAUACAGUUGUUCCCACUCCUAGCAGCUGGCUCUGAAGUUGACACCGACGAUGACCGAAAAUGGGUCUUGGAUCGAUGGACCACAAUUCAGUCUCGCUUAAUGCUAGGUGGUGUAGACCGCUGUUUGGAGGUGCUGAAGGAGGUUUGGGAACGCCGCGACGCAAUGAAUGCCAAAAGAGAGCGUGAAAUGGUUAGUUCGCGACGUGCUGAGUCUUUUUCACCUGGGGAUAGGGAGAAAAUGAGCUCGUCAUUGCCAACCGAUUUCCGCAGACACAGUCCCAACGGUUCCCACAAGGGCCCAGCAGGAGGAAUACCAGGGCAGCCUGCAUCGAGGUCUGCACGCCGAGGCUCCGCACUCGCGUCGCUUGAAAACAUCGAAUUUGAAAGAACUGUGCGUGGCAGAUUGCACUGGGUGAAUGUUAUGGCUGAGUGGGGAUGGGAAGUUUUCCUUGGCUAG